GGUUUGUUGACGUCCAUACUCCAUAGCUCGAGACGGAAACAUCAGCAUGAUAAGAGAUGUUCUCGAAUAAUAAUUAAUAGAAGUGUGCGACAGCAAUGUCGUCAGCUCUCUCUUUUAUACAUGCUUUUAGCGUAACGUAUUUGUCAUCUAUAUGAUAACCGGAUAUAGGGACAUAAUCGAAUGUAAGUCUGUGUAAACUUGUGUUUUGUAUUUGUAGCUAGCUAACGUUAGCUAGGCUAGCUAACGUUAGCUAGCUAGCUCGUCAUGUCUGAAACGUCAACAUUACUGAUAACCUGCUGUUGGCCUGGCUGUGCUUUGUCCAAGAUCGUUAGCUACCCAAUAUUUUCGGUUUCAGGCGAAUUCAUAUCGGACCUUCAAGUAAUGUCAUUGUAUCUAGUUAGCUAGCUAGUUAGGGCCGCUAUGGAGAGUUACUUGGUAACGUUAGUUUCAGUUGAUGUGGAGUUAGCGCUAACUGUGUGUGUGCUAGUUAGUAGUAGAAGCAUGGUGUGAAAAUUUGACCAUUGAGGAUAACCACUGCAGCAACUAGCUAGGUACCUAUCUAGCCUGGUCCCACACUUUAUUUACCUUGGCAAAAUAUUCUAUAAUCAUUGUAUGCCAUACAUGUCAUGUCUAUCAUUCAUGUGUUCCCACAUGUUUAUGAUUACCAUGCCUUCUUUUCUUAUUCCACAGAGAGCAGAGCAUUGCCUGUCCACCAUGGCAGCCCAAACCCCUUUACAGAGCGCCUUAAGGGAGUUCUGUCCCCUGUACUACCUGCUCAAUGCAAUACCUGCCAAGGUCCAGAAAGGCUUCCGCUCCGUAGUGGUCUACCUGACUGCUCUGGACACCAACAGCGAUUACAUUGCUGUGGGGAGCAGUAUUGGGAUGCUCUACCUGUACUGCAGGCGAGUCAGCCUGAUGAACAAGUACAACAUAGAGGUGAGUGUCACUUUUUCAUGCAUUGCUUAUUUUAUUAAAUUAUUUUGCACUUUCACCCUAAACCAAAUUUGAUAACAAACAUACAAUUAUUACUGAUUCUUUGAACAAAGUUUUUUUUGCCCCCAGUAAGUAAGUUUGUCAUUAUGUUUAACUGUUAACAUGUUAUUGUAUCUUCCCAGGGGAAAUCUGACGCUAUCACAACAGUGAAGCUGCUCAGUUGUUUUGAUGACUUGGUGGCAGUGGGCACAGCAUCUGGUCGGGUUGCUGUCUUUCAACUUGUGUCUCAACUUCCAGGCAGGAAUAAACAGGUAUGCCAACCAAUCAAUCAACUGAUCUGUUGAUACGAGUAAAGAUAGUGUCAUGUUUUGAGCUUUGUUUUUUAUUUUAUUUUAUUCCCUUUUAAAAUGGAAAGGUGCGAACUUAGCACAUGCUCUGCUCUAGUGUGUGUGUGUGUGUGGUGUGUAUCCGAGAGGUUCGGAAAAAAAACACAAGACACAUUUCCAUCUCAUGUGGACUAAAGUAUAUCUUAUUAUCAUAUUAUGCAAGUGCUUAGUAAAUGUAUCCCUUUGUGUAGCGAAACACUUAGGUCUCUCUCUUUUCUGUAGCUAAGGCGAUUCGAUGUGGUCGGUUUGCAUAAAAGCACAGUCACUGCCUUGGCCUGGAGUGCCAAUGGAAUGAAGCUUUUCUCUGGUGAUGACAAAGGAAAGGUUGUGUACUCUGCUGUGGACCUGGAUCAGGUAUAGCAACUUUCAUUCUUUCAGUUAUGUGCUGUUUGUUUUCUAACCAACUUCUCUCACAUAUGUGUUGUACCCUUAUACUCUCAGGGUGUAUGUAACCCAAUAUUGCGGUUGGAGCUUUGACUUGUGUUGUAUCCUCAUAUCCUUAGGGUGUGUGUAACCCAGUGCUGCUGUUUGAGGAGACCUCAGCCAUAGUCCAGCUGGAGUACAGUCAGAAAGUCCUGCUCAUCUCCUCUCAUCAGAGAUCCUUGCUCUUCAACACCCAGGAGCAGGCCCUGCAGCAGCUGGGCACCAAGCCUAGGAAGAGGUAGCCUACAUGUUGCACUUAUUCAUUAAAUGUAACACAACUUAUACAUCAGUGACUUUUCAGCAACAAAUCAAUUAUGUCCCCUUCAGACAAUUUAUUGAGACAUUUCAAUUUUCUCAGUUGAGCAUCUUCAUAUUUUUCUGAUAUAUUAAACCAGAGAGGAAUAGACAGAGCAAUAUAAUCUAAGCUCUGAAGCUAUGUGUAUAUCUUAUAUAUUUCUCUUGCAUUAUUAUUUUCCUCGAAGCAAUGGGAAGUUUGGUGCAUGCUUCCAGCCAGGCCUGUGUAAGCAGAGUGACCUGCUGGUCUAUGCAGCGAGACCUGGCCUUCGGUUGUGGCGGACGGACGUGCGAGGACUGGUGGAGGACACACGGGUCCUGAAGCCUCUGUUCAACCAGCAGGUGCCCCAGUUUGAGCUGUUCCCCAGGUCGGCCCCCACGGGGGGCUACCGACCCCAGGAGAGGCAGCUGGGCCUGGUGAGCUGCUUCCUCAGAGAGGGCUGGGUCCUCAGCUGGAAUGAAUACAGUGUCUACGUGUUGGACUGCCUCAACCAGGUAAAGAUACCCUCAGGCAGGAAUGGAUACUAAACUAAUAAUACAUGGAUUUUAUUUAGCGCUUGUUACAAUGUUUUGUUAGAGAGUAAUAGCGAGAGGUGGUUAGAGGUGUAUCAGUUGAGACUGCAGAGAAUGUAGUAAUUUAAGCCAUCUUAAAUUUGAUUGCCUCAACCACAAGGUAAUCAAGUGUGGAUUGCAUGUGUUACAAAUUAUAUUUUGAUGGAGAAUAAUAAAAGAUAGGUAAGUGAAUCAGCUGAGAGAAUACAGGUACUGGUAAUUGAAGUCAUCUUUGUGUCCUGCCAGUGUUAUCUUAAGGGUUGCACACAUCGCACCGAAUGUGGAUCUCCCGUUGACGUCUGACUGCCGACAUUUUCGUGAGAUUCUACAUGUAAAAUCGUUUUUCACUCGGUUCACAAGUAGUCUCGGCAGGCAAACGCUAAUGGUGUGUUCGAGCCCUUACAAGAAGUCGAUCUGUCAAUGUUAUUUUGUCUUUGACUUUCAAGGUGAUCAUCGGUGCGCUGGAAAGCUGCGGGGACAUUGUCUCUGUAUCAUGCACUGAAAAUGAGAUCUUCAUCUUGAAAGGAGAUCGAGACAUCGUUCGCAUCUCCAAUACUCCCGAGGGCCUGGCUUCCAACAGUAAGAUGGUCAUAUUGUAUUUUGUUUGUUUGAAUACAUUGAAACCACUGGACUACAGUUCAAACCAACCAGAUGGUGGAAAGAGAGACAAUCAUGAUCGCCAGAUAACACUUUCUUUAGUCCUAGACUUUCACUUUAAUUUCUUGUAUCUCUAUAGUCUUUCUCUGAUAAGUCUUCUCUUAACCUUCUUCCUGUCCAGUUUCUGAGUUGUCCCUCCGUCUGACCUCUCCCCUGACCACUCCCACCAUCCUGCUCCCCCCCACCGGCUCCGUGGAGACAGCCCAGCCUAUCAGGACCAUUGCCAUCAUCACAGAGCAGGGGGAGAGGGAGAGGCUGGUGGAUGAGGAGGAGGUGGAAGAGGUGGAAGAGGUCCUAGAGCAGGACCAGCUGAGUGACAACCCCGAGGCGGGGGAGGCCGGAGCCCUGGUGGAGAGGCCUGAAGUGGGGGAGCGACUGGGCCACCAGAGAUGGAGCAGUGUAGGGGGCACCAGUGAGUCUCGUAGCCGCAGCAGCUCCAUCACAUCUUGGGAUAGCGUUCAGGGCACGAUGCUCUCCACCACCACGGAGCAAUCGGACCUCUCCUCCAGCCGCUAUAGUGCCAUAAAUCAGGAGGACUUCCAGCAGGAGCUGGUGGUCAAGGCCAUCAAAGUCAAGAAGAAGGCCAAGAGGAGGAGACAAGGUGAGUUGCAGUAGUGACUGAUUUGAUAAGGCUCUGAUUUUCAACAAAGGGUCAAGAAAACUUUCAGAUCUAGUGUUCUUUGCUCUGGUUGAUGACAAAAUGUUCCAAAACGGCUCCAAAUUGCAUUUUAAUAGCUUUAAAAACGUUCAUUGCUUGUCUUAUAAUGACCUUUCCCAUAUGAGUCAGGAUUCAAUACAUUAGUGUCAACUUAAUUGCUGCUAUGUUCUCCCUCUCUCUCUCUUUUUCACUCUACAGAAAGUGGAAACCGCAUAUGUGAGCAGCACAACAGCUGGUCUGAGAGCAUUUGCAGUCGGGAUGGAGGAGGGGGCAGCGACGGGGGUGCCAGCACCCCUAUGAGUGAGCCCCCAUCCGCCUCCGACCACACCAGUCUCCUGUGCAGCAGUCUGGACCUACAGAGCAGGAGCAGUGGAUCCCCAGACCAGGAGGGAUCCAUCAGUGGAGGUUCCCCAGAACUAAAUACCUCUGGAGCUCAGAGCCAGGGUGGUGGCCAGGGACAAGACCCUCUGAUUCAGACUCAACCCCCUGGGACUCAGCCUCCCUCCUGCCCCGCGUCUCUGCCCUUCCAGGACAUGGAGUGUCAGUCCUACCCAGAGAACGGCAACGGCCCCUCUGCCACAAACAAACAGGGAGAGGCCCCUACGCCAGACGUAGACCUUCUACUGGAGUGCACCUUUGCCUACAUGCAGACCUCAGAGGACCGGGACCCCAUUGAGGAGCAGGAGGAUGACUUCCUGAGCCCCCUCAUUGGGCCGGAUGACUCUGAAGACCAGGACGACCCCCAACACCAGCACCGUCUGCUGGAUCUGGAACCUCCUAGUUGUGCUGAUCAGAUGUGUUAUUCGCUGGAGCCUGAGCAAUGCCCCUCCAGUGACGAGGAGGACAUCUACGCUGCCCAGGGAGUCCCGUACUCAGCCUCCAACAUCAGCCUUGGAGACGGCCUCAACUCCCUCAACCUCCAGGGCUCCAACAUCGGCCAGCAGGACCAAGACAAGACCGUAAUAGAACACACAUGUUGUGUGUUGGUUCGGCUUCCUUCCUCAGUGUUUGUGCUGCUACAGUACAUUGCAUUCAGUUUCAUUCUGACACUAUAUGACUAGUAGUGUCACAUCAAAAUAGAAGCAUUGACUCAUUUGAUUGUUGUAACACGGUUGGAUAGUCUUCACCGUAGAAUGCUAUUCAAUACCAACAGUUCUGUGCCUGGUUUAACCCUCUCUCCUCUCGUCUCCUCUGUAGUUGGCAGAGAGCUGGAUGGGCUACACAGGGCCAGGCUGUGGCAUCCUGAACCUGGUGGUGACUGACCGAUACAUCUGGUGCCUGGACUUUAAAGGAGGCCUGUACUGCAGUGCCCUUCCAGAUGGGGGGCUGAGCUGGCAGAAGUUUGAGGAGAACGUGCAGCAGGUGGCACUGUCACCUUCAGGUGAGGAUGUCUAUAAUAUGAUCAUUUAGCUCCAGACGCGUUUAUUCACAGUGACUCUGUCUAUUAUGCGGAAUAGAUAGAAGGUAUUGUGGUUCCUGGUCUACAUUGUUGUUGCCUCUAUUUGAGAUGAGCAUUCAAUGUAUUGAUCCUUUGGGGGAGUUGAUAAGUUCAUUACCCAAGAUUUCUCCUUUGGAUGUAAAUACUAGUGGUUUGUCCUGGCUGUUACAUUGAAGUCUGAUUUCAUUUCAGGGUCCCUGCUAUGGAAAGUGGAACAGAAGACCAUGACAGCGUAUGCAUGUGGUAAGGUCACCAUCAAAGGCAAGAGGCACUGGUACAAAGCCCUGGAGGAUUCUGCCUUUGUGGCGCUUAGUGAAGACACAGCCUGGAUCAUUCGUGCUAGCGGAGACCUUUACCUGCAGACAGGUGAGAUAGAGUUAACCACAGGGAAGGAGUUUGUGACUAUGUACACUAUACUCAUGAGGCUUGUUCUUCUUAACUAUCUGCUUUAAGAAUUAGAUGACUUUAUUGGUCAAACCACUUUACACACAAGGUUCAACUGAAAUUUGACUUCCUCUUUGAACCCAACCCUUCCGAAAGACACACAUACAUCUUUUUGGAGAGGUGCGGUGAGCUACCACGCUGGGCGCCCGGGGGGGUUACAACGGCAGGCAACAAUGGCAUUUGAUACCAGCAACCCUCCAGUUGCCAGCUCACCUCCCAACAGAUUAUUCCAAUCGAACCCAGGAUUCGAGCUUGCAAUCCUCCGCUUGCUGUCUUGCCUCUCUAACCGCUAGGCUACCUGCCACCCCCUUGCUCAUUCCACUAUGGAGUAGAGAUGAAGAGACUUACUAGAUCUGCCACUACAUUUAGCAAAUUCAUUGCUGCAUAGAAAAGGUGCUCACAGGAAGUUUCUAUAAUAUGGUUUUUGUGACAAACCAUUUUACUUUAUUUUAAAUGUAAUUUGUUAAUAUAGGCUAUUUUGACUAUUCAAUUCACUCCUCCAUUUGAAACAAGACUUCAGGGUUUCAGCAGCAGGUGGCCUCAGGUUAUUAAGAAUAUUACAUCUUGACCCUGUUUAUUGGCAAAGUCUCAAGCCAGCAAAUAAGUUCCUGAAAUUAACCAAUCGGCCAUUAGAUGGCGCUGUUCAGGGGCCAUAAUAAAUAGUAUCAUACGUCACUGGCUAAAUCAGUUUAGAGGUAAUCAUAAUGCUGUAUAGAUGCCAUAUUUGGGAUGAGAAUAAUGAGGCCAAAUAAAUCCCAAACAUUACAAAAUAAUAUCUGUCCCUUGUAUUAUGAUGGCUUGUAAACAACACAGCUAAACCUGCUGAUCAAGACAAGUAGUAUUAAUUCCCUGGUUGUGUAAGGAUGUUAGUUGUACAUAAAGCAUGACUCUAGCAGCUGUUCUGACAUAUCCAGAGCCAACACACACAGAGGCCUGUUCAUGAAAUUACAUGCUGUGUAUGUCUAUGUCUAAUAUUCACUUUGGAGACAGACAUCAAAGAAAUUGAAGAUUAGGGAUGGGUGGGCAUAGUGUUGCUGCAAGCUUGUAAUUUUUAGUGGCACAUUUAGUUUGAAUUAGAUAUGAUCAACUAAGAAACGAAUGGGAGACUGCUAUACUGCUAAUAGUCUAGACUUGGCAUGAUUAACAUUCUGUUUACAUACAGACAUGCACUCACUCACUCACUCACAAAAACACAACAAAUGCAAUAACUCACAAACUAAACCCUGACUGUGGUUGUGAUCCCGUCCUGCAGGGUUGAGUGUGGACCGUCCAUGUGCGCGGGCUGUGAAGGUGGACUGCCCGUGCCCCAUGACCCAGAUCGCAGCACGGGGCGGUGUGGUGUGGGCCCUCAGCGAACACAGGGCCGUCUUCUACAGAGAAGGCCUCAGCAGCUACUGCUCUGAGGGGGAAAUGUGGAAGUACGACAAAAUCAGGUAGAACCUUUUCUGUGUCAUAGACCCCAGUAACGGUGAUAGUUCAGUUCGCUGUGCUUGGUUCUCGUGAAACCCCUAGCAGUUGUCAUGUGGUCGUUCCAUUGAAUUGUAAUCCAACAAUGACUCUUUCACCUCUUUUGAAAAGAGGAAGGAAGAUGUGUGUCAUACAGGCCUAGUAACAGUGAAAGUUGAGUUAGUAGUGACUGACCGGGGUUCAAAUCCAGCUCUCCAGCGCACCACAAGACUGUGUUAGCCUGAGCUAAAGGGAGCUAAUGCACGUCUUCAGGACUCACUCAGGCAAUGUUAGCUAUGCUUUCUUUGCUAAUCAUUACAUAUUUGUGUGUGUGUUUUACCUCCUUCCAAAGUGAGAGUCAAGGUCUGGAGCCCAUCUGUAUAGCCCUGGGAGAGAAAAACACGGCCUGGGCUCUGGACACCGGCGGCAGUCUGUGGUUCAGGACUGGAGUCACUGCCAAAAAGCCCCAGGGGGACGAUGACCACUGGUGGCAGGUUGGUAUCCUAUUGGACUUGUGUUCAAUGUUACUCACACCCAUCAUUUCCAUCAGCCCUCUAUUUUGCACUGAUCGUUUUUUAAGAAUAUGUAUUUUUUAAGUCAAAGGGGUUGCAUUACAGACUUCACCCUGAGAUGACUGGCUCACCUUCUAAUGCUUAUAUAUUUCUGGCCUUUUGUUCCCUCCCUCCCUCCCUCCCUCCCUUCCUCAGGUGAGCAUCACAGACUAUGUGGUGUUUGACCAGGGCAGUCUGUUCCAGACUCUGAUCCAGGCCACUCAAAACGUGGCCACGGCCACCAAGGCUCCGGUGGAACGGGUAGCGGAGUGCCUCCGCGUGGCCUUCCUGUCCCAGCAGUCCCAGUGCCAGCCUAGCCUGGUCUCCUCCAACACCACUGGCGUCUGGAUUGCAUCUGGCAGGAACGACUUCCAUGUCGCCAAGGGCAGCCUCAGUGGUAUGUUAUGAGACCUCAAUACUUUUGUUAACUCCCCAAGCUAAUGCCUAUGCUUAAGCUUAGUGGGUUAACAGAGAUGCUCAGUCAGGAGGCAUUUUAAUUGUUGUUUUCUGUGUUGGAAUGCAAUUUAUAGAAUGCCCUUUAUGACAUAACCACAUUCCACAGAAACACAACUUCAUCAGCUAAGCCUUAAGGCCCGGUUCAAAUACAAGAUGGUUUUAAGCAGUUUUAGAACAAUGUUUUCUUGGUCUGAGUACUGUAGUUUUAGAACGUCUCAUGUCGGUUGCUGGAAUUUCCAAUAUUCAACAUGUAAAAUCUUAGCAAAAGACUUGAGACGAGACGGGUCCGUUUAAAUCCGAGAACAGUGAGCUGACGUUCUGUGUUUAGCCAAGCAGGCUAGCUAGCUAUUUUUCUGCAGUUAGAAAGCCUAGCUUGCUGUUAUUUCUCUGACAAGUCACAAAGUGUGCCUUGUUUCUGGUGCAUGUAUUUCAUAAUACUUGUUUGCUACAACACCGUUUGCUACAAUACCGCUUUCUACAGCACCGUUUUCUACAGCACCAUUUGCUACGACAUCGUUUGCUACAAGAAGUGGCAUCUUAUUUUUCAAAGUUUCAUCACGUCCUUGGAAAGAGGCACCGUUACCGUGGAAACGGUCUUAACUCUGCGCCCUAUAUUUUUGAUCUGAAUGCCCCGUCUUUGGUCAGUUAUACAACACAAAUUUAAAAAACGGGCUAGUUUUGUGUCGUCUUGUCUCCUUAUGUUAGCUGUUGUAUCUGAACUGGGCUUUAAUGCAAAAACUCUUUGCAUUUCUUUACUGACACCUUCUCAAAGGUCAAAGUGUGUUAAGGCAGUAUGAUGGACAGUGACUUUUGUGAUAACACUGCAGGAUGUUCAGUGUGACAUUGAUGUUUUGUGACCCCACAGGUACAUUCUGGCAGGGUGUGGUACCCAGAGGAACCGUCUCUGCCACGAAGUGGGCCUUCGUCUACUCCUCGGCUUUACUCAGUAAAGAAGGUAGAUUGGUGACCACUCUUUUCUUUGUGAACACAUAACAACAUGAUAUAACCCCUACCCUCCCUCCACCUUAUGGCAACAACCCAUCUCAAAUAAAUGAACAGAAAUAAAGAAGACCACUCCUUUGACUUUACAUUACAUACUGUCGCUGUUGUGUAGUAACAUCUGCCCCUGUUAUCUGUGUCUCUCUGUGUAUUACAUCACCAACAUGUGACUGUGUUUGUCUCUGUAGGGAGCUUCCUGUGGCUGGGCCAGAGCAGGAAAGACCUGUUCUGUGUUUGGGACCAGGAUGGUCAGAUGCACCCCACCACAGUCCAGCUGCCCCAGGACAUAGAGAUGGUGCAGCUCACUGCCUGCCGCGAUGCCCUGUGGGGACUGGACCUCCACGGCCGUGUCCACAUCCGCACCCUCUCCACCGGCUGCCCCACUGGCAUGCACUGGAAUCUGCUGGACCUCAGCCAGCUCGGUAAGGCCAUACUGUUCACACAUGGAAAUAAAAUUGGUUGCCUCAUCAGACAGAUCACAAGCUAG